GAUGAAAGCUUCUUCCUUAGUGAUAUUAUUUGCAGCAAUCGGUUCUUCUUCUUCGUCAAACUCCGAUGUGAAGAGCCACGAUAAUAUCGGUUUACCUCUACCAUUUGUAUAUCCAUCUGGCACUGGGGGUGGUGACAAUUGCCACUUUCCGUUUUAUUCAGGCCAAUCAAUUUGGUUUGGCUGUCAAUAUGGGGGCAUUGGUUAUGCUCCUUGGUGUAGCACUGUUGCCAACAAAGAUGAAAAUAAAAUCGGUUUUUGUAUAUUUGACGACUGUAAAUUUACUCCAGAUGGAGCAGGUUACAAGGGAACUUUAGCAGUAACAAACUUUGGGAAUCCCUGCAUUAGCUGGACUAGUGAGCCUACUUUUACAUCUAUUGGUAUUCCUGAAUCAACAACUGCAGAGGCCAAUAAUUAUUGUAGAUCUGCUUUACCUGGAUUUAUACCAGAAAUGAUGUGCUUUAUACAAAAUCCUGACCCUUUUGGUUAUCCAUUUGUUGAAACAUGUGGCGCUGUAAUUCCUAUGUGUGAGAACCUUAAGUAUAAUUGUCAAGAAAGACUUGUCACUCCUUUACCUGGUGUCUCGUUUACGGCCAAUACUACCAGAAAUAGUACAUUCCCUAAUCAUGCCAAGGUUAGUGCUUCUUCCGUUUGGUGUGCUGCGGUAAACGAUGAAUAUCAAUGGUUGCAAAUAGAUUUUGUAACAAGACAUGCUUUUGUUGGAAUUGGAAUGUAUGUCCCUGGGGCUGCUGAUGGAUAUGUGUCUACGUAUCGUUUGCUUUUAAGUAAUGAUUCUGUUAUUUGGAGCGAUACACUAACUAUAGAAGAAAUUCAAGGCCCUACUCGAAAAAAUGAAUACGGAGUAGAAAUAUUUUUAGAAUUUUCACGGUACAUUCGAAUUAUUCCGAUAACGUGGGUUGACAAUAUUUGCCUUCAAGUUGAAAUAGGAGGAUGUGAAUAUUAUAAUCCUUGCUAUUCAUUUCCUUGUCAAAACAAUGGAACUUGCCAGGGAAAUUCUUUCCAUCGUUCUUUCACUUGUACCUGCACACUUGAUUUUACGGGAAAAACGUGCGAUAGUUAUGUUGAUUUUUGCCAAUCUAAACCUUGUCAAAAUGGAGGAAAUUGUACAAAUACGAGAAUUCUUGGAAUAAAUAGUACUAAAUAUACGUGCGAUUGCGAUUCUGCUGGUUUUUAUUCUGGUGUUCAUUGUGAAAUCGGGUCGGCAGAAUCAUGUGUUCGGUUAUUUGAGUAUAACAUAACCAGAAGCGAUUUUUAUACCUUAAAUACAAGCUUUUCCAAAGAGUGUGAAAUGAAAAAGAAAGCUAUACAAAUUCAUCAAGUAACCUUCAUUCUUAUGAUACUAGAUAACAUAACUACUGGUCUAGAAUGUGCUAACAUGUGUUUAAGAAAUGAACUUUGUAGAGCAGCAUCAUUAACAAGGAGCCCCUAUUAUUGUUUUCUUCACUCAAAAGAAGAUGAAGUUGAGCUGCUUAAUGUAAACCUUAAUAGAAAUUCAGAAUUUUACGUUAAGGAGUGUAGUUUACUAUUUAGAGCAUUUUGUGAAUUUGAUGUUGUAGCAAGAAAGGUUAAAACUGCAAUUUUCACUUUGAAAACAGGUUUGAAAAUAGUGCCUUAUUCACCUCCUGAGCGUUUUCAAUAUUUAGUUCGUUAUGAGGCUACGGAAAGUCAAAUUGCUUCUCUAAAAAAUAAUUCACAUUCUUGUCAGCAAAGCUUUCUACAAAUGUGUUCUUUUUCUAGUAACAGCGAUUGGUCAAUUCAAUUCCAUGACUUUAACAUAAAAAAAUUUACUGAGGGACAUAAAGUAUCUUGCAGUAAAUGUCUAUUGGAUGAACAAUGCAUACCAAGUACUGAAUGCGCUUGUGCAGCUGGUGUAGGAAAUUCUCUAGAUAGUGGGCAUUUUAGAAAAUUAACUGAUAUACCAAUAAGAGCCGUCAGUAGUGGAAAUAGUAAUCCUGCUUACAACUCAAUGUCUUUUGCUGUUGGCCAUUUUGUUUGUGAGUUUGACUUGGCCAAAUCAGAUCCUUGUUCACCAUCACCCUGUUUCAACGGAACCUGUAUUACAAUAGGAAAUAAUUAUAUAUGCAAUUGCACUAAUGGCUAUGGAAAUUAUGACUGCAGUUACGAUAUAGACGAAUGUGCAUCCUCUCCAUGUCGAGACAUUUCAACUAUUUCAUGCACUGAUUUAGUUAAUGAAUACAAGUGCAACUGUAAUCCAGGAUUUACAGGAAAGAACUGUGAAACUCACAUCGAUGACUGUUCUUCGUCACCUUGUGAAAAUAAUGGAUCAUGCAUUGACAACGAUAAUUUCUAUACAUGUUUGUGCUUUCCAGGUUUUUACGGAGUACGAUGUCAGAAUGAGUAUAAUGAAUGCCAACCGAAUCCUUGUAUCAAUGCUGAUAGUUGCACUGAUAAAGUUAAUGACUACGAAUGCCUGUGUCUUCCAGAUACUAAAGAAUGUGAUAGUAAUCCUUGCUUGCAUAACGGUGAAUGUAAAGAAAAUACCAUUAAUUCAUAUACUUGCAAGUGUCGAAGUGGCUUUUCGGGAGAUCGGUGUGAAAUCGAUGAAGACGAAUGUGUAUCUGAGCCUUGUUUUAAUGGCGCAACUUGUCAAGAUGCAAAAGGAUUUUACCUCUGUGUUUGUACAGAAGGAUUCAGUGGUAGCAGAUGUCAAGAAAAUUUGAAUGAUUGCAUCGUGAAUAAUUGUAAAAAUGGAGGUAGUUGUAUUGAUGGUAUUGCCGAUUAUAGUUGCUAUUGUGUUUCUGGAUAUGAAGGGGACCACUGUGAGAUAGAGGUAGAAGAAUGCCUAUCGGACCCCUGUAAAAAUGGCGGCUCCUGUUUUGAAGGAAAUAUUGGGGAAUAUCGCUGCGAAUGUCCAAAUGGAUUCACUGGUUCACAAUGUGAGGUUAACAUAGACGAUUGUAAAAUAGAGCCUUGUUUAAAUAAAGGCCAAUGUGUCGAUGGUAUAGCAGAUUUUACUUGUAAUUGCCCUCCUCCUUUCACUGGCCACAUUUGCAAUGCAGUAAUAACGGAUGGUGAAUGGGGUGGAUGGCAAGAUUGGUCUUCCUGCUCUGUUGAUUGUGGACUUGGAGUUAGAAUCCGCAAAAGAUCUUGUAACAAUCCUUUACCUCGGAAUGGAGGUAGAGUAUGCAAAGGAGACAUUUCUCAACUUGAGUUGUGCAACGAAAGUGAAUGUACAUCAAGAAAUGGUAAUUGGGGGCUUUGGUCGGUUUGGUCUGCUUGCAGUGUAACUUGUAGUUCUGGCUUUAGAAGCAAAUUAAGAAAAUGUAAUAAUCCUACACCAAUCAAUGGAAAAGAUUGCGAGGGAGAAGCCGAAAUAACAGAGGGCUGUGAAGAGGUCGAAUGUGGGAGUCCUGUAGAUGGAAAUUGGAGUCCUUGGGGAAGUUGGUCAUCCUGCUCACAUUCGUGCGACCCAGGUGUAAAAUUUAGAGAAAAGCUAUGUAAUUCACCAAAGCCUCAAUGGGGUGGAAAAGAUUGCGUUGGUAUACACAGAGAUUAUCAGAGUUGCCAAGUUAAAGCUUGUACGACUAUAAAGAAAUGUCCGGACAACUUUGAGAACUGGAGUGAAUGUGAUAAAGAAUGUGGAGUGGGAAAACGAUCCAGAUUGAAGACUUGUUCAGUCGAAUAUGCAGAAAAAGGAAACCAAUCUCAAGCAAUUAAGCAUAGUUUUUUACAAUAUGAACACGAAUACUGUUUUGAGAGAGAUUGUUCAACUUUGACUUGUAUGAAUUGUGAAGCAGUCUUAGACUUUACAAUCCGAAAAUUUACCUGUAGAGGACCAAAUGUGCCAUGUUCGGAAUCAAAUACUGUAUGCCUUUACAAAUUCGUAAAAAAUAAUUUGAAGUCUAGUAUUACCAAGAGAUGCGGACAAGAAAGUGAAUGUCCAAAGCAGCUAUCAGAAAAAUGUUCAAUUGCGUUAAAAUAUCUGAUAGAUGAGAUCAAUAACGAAACUCCAUUGCAUUCUUUUGAAGAUCUCGAACCAAAUAUUGAUAGUCUUUAUGAAUGGUUUGAAAAACUUGAAGAAACGGAAUGCAUAUUCUGUUGUAGAGGAACAAAUUGUAAUGGUCCUGUGUUACCUCCUUCAGUAACUCUUUAUUCGAAAGCUGAUGAGAAAUCAUUAAUAUUUAUAUAUAUUCGUAUUCAACAUAACGUUUAUUUGAAAGAUUUAAACACUAUCUUAGUGAUUUAG